AUGGCAGGGGUCCUUGCAACAUCCUCUAUAUCUUUAAUGAUCGACUUCAGCAGAGCAACAUGUAUUUCUCCCAAUAAUUUUGAAUCCUGCAGAGAUACGAGGCUAAAUCAAUAUGAAGCAACUAGCAAGGCAGGUUUUAAUUAUCACCAAGAGGAUGACGGCCUCUGCAGUGAGGACGUCCUCUGCAGUGACAAGACUGGGACUCUAACCCUCAACAAGCUCACCGUCGACAAGAGCCUCAUCGAGGUCUUCGCCAAGGGUGUCGACAGAGACGGAGUUGUUUUGUAUGCUGCGAGGGCCUCUAGGAUGGAGAACCAGGACGCUAUUGAUGCUUCCAUUGUCAACAUGCUCGCUGAUCCUAAAGAGGCGAGAGCCGGGAUCAAGGAGGUGCACUUCCUUCCCUUCAACCCAGUCGAGAAGCGCACGGCCAUCACCUACAUCGACGAGAGCGGAAAAUGGCACAGGGCAAGCAAAGGCGCACCCGAACAGAUCAUCGACCUCUGCAACAUGACCAAACACGCCAAGCAUAAGGUCCACAAGAUGAUUGAUCAGUUUGCUGAUCGUGGCCUUAGAUCAUUGGGUGUUGCAAGGCAAGAAGUCACAGAGGCGACCAAGGAGAGCGAGGGCGCACCGUGGCAGUUCGUGGGGUUGCUCCCGCUCUUCGAUCCACCGAGGCACAACAGCGCUGAGACCAUCCGUCGUGCCCUAAACCUCGGCGUCAAUGUCAAGAUGAUCACAGGUGAUCAGCUCGCUAUCGGUAAAGAGACCGGAAGAAGGCUUGGUAUGGGGACUAACAUGUACCCGUCCACUAUUCUUCUUGGUGACAAAAACAACGAGCUUGACAUUGAUGAGCUUAUCGAGAAGGCUGACGGAUUUGCAGGAGUCUUCCCAGAAUUUAGAGGAUUAAGGAUUUGA